AUGGAUAAUUAUUUUGUAUGGUAUGCACAUGGCGAGUCAUUACCUACACAUGAUGUGGGACAAUGUUCAAACCCCGUAUCAUCUCAACGUGUGCGUCAAUGCAUAGACAGUGAAAUGGCUCAAGACAUUAAUGACGAUUUAGGUGAAUAUACCAGAUAUGAGCAAAUGGUUAUGGAGAGCAUGCAUCAAAAUACUGAUACUUAUUAUCAGCAAGGGCCACAAGACCCAAAUCAAUCAGCUGAGAAAUUCUAUACCAUGUUAAGGCUUGCAAACGAGCCUUUGUGGGACGGGUCUGAAAAAGCUUCCACACUAUGCACCACCACCAGAUUAUUGAAUUGGAAAUCAGAAUGCAAUGUUUCUGACUCAACAUUUAAUAAACUACUUCCGAUAUUCAAAGAUAGUAUACCCGGUGGUGAGAAGGUACCUACAAACUUUUACGAGACAAAGAAAAUGUUGAAGCCACUAGAGUUGCCGUCAGAAAGGAUUCAUGUAUGCAUAAAUCAUUGCAUGCUAUUCAAUGGGAAAAAUUCUGAUAUGGAGCGUUGUAGAACAAAACCAAGAGGGGUAUAUGAAGGAAUCGAACCUGAAGCUAAAGUUGCGGAUGAUGAAAACAUAGAAGCAGAUGGAUUAUUUCAGAUCGAUGAACGGUUUGAGUUACCGAAUGACAUAACUAGUGAACGCCUAUGCCUAGUAACACACACAAAUCCAAUCGGUGAGGAUGAAGAAUUUGAAGUUGAAGAAUAUACAAGCGAUGAAGCAGAUGAAAUGGAUUUUUCUGACCACGAUUCAGACGAAAAUGAACUUGAUUGUUAG